CUUCAAAUAGGAGAGAAGCAGAGCGAGAGAGAGAGCGGGAACGCAUAUAGUUUACAGCAACAUUCUCCUUUAGCUUUCCUCUACUCUCUUUCUCUCUCUCUCUGCAUCGUUGCUUCUUGAGUUUGUUCUUCUCGAGAUCUGUGCCUGUGUUUUCAUUUCUUGCAACACUCUUUUCGAUUCGUCGUUACGCUCAUGUACGGACUUCGAAAUGUCUUUUAAUCGGAUUUGUUUCUUCAUCCUCAUUAGGUUUCUAGGAUUUGAGUGUCUUAAGCCAUGAGAUGAGUGACUUGUGACCUGUAGAUCUGUCAUCUGAAUAUGGCUCCACCGAUUGAGAUUGUUACCACCAAGAACUAUGCUGAGAAACAGGCUUCAGUUCCUCCUCUUAAUGAGAGGAUACUUUCGUCCUUGACCCAUAGAUCAGUUGCUGCACACCCAUGGCAUGAUCUUGAGAUAGGACCUGAAGCUCCAGUGAUCUUCAACUGUGUGGUUGAGAUAGGGAAGGGGAGCAAGGUGAAGUAUGAACUCGACAAAACUACGGGUCUCAUCAAGGUGGACCGUAUUCUUUACUCAUCUGUUGUGUACCCACAUAACUAUGGGUUCAUUCCGCGUACCCUUUGUGAGGACAAUGACCCUAUUGAUGUUCUUGUCAUCAUGCAGGAGCCGGUGAUCCCAGGAUGCUUUCUUCGGGCCAAGGCUAUCGGUCUUAUGCCAAUGAUCGAUCAGGGUGAGAAAGACGACAAGAUCAUUGCUGUCUGCGCUGACGAUCCUGAGUAUCGUCAUUACAAUGACAUCAAGGAGCUUCCACCUCAUCGUCUGGCUGAGAUUCGUCGUUUCUUUGAAGACUAUAAGAAAAACGAGAACAAGGAAGUAGCUGUUAAUGACUUCCUUCCUGCUACCGCAGCCUAUGAAGCAGUUCAGCAUUCCAUGGAUCUCUAUGCGGAUUACGUCAUGGAGACCUUGAGACGGUGAUCUCUUUCACCACCUCCAAGCAAUAAAGAAAGAUUACAAGUGCAUUUUCACAUUUGUUUUCUUGACAGAUGUGAAGUGUAUACAAAAGCAUAAAUACUUACAUAUAUAUAUGUUAAGGGUUCUCAAAAGAAUGUAUUUGUGUAUGUCCUUUUGUUGAAUCCGGUAGAUGAUGCCGAAAAAAUUGUCAAAGAAACUAAGAAAGUUGGUAUUGUACCCAUUUUGUUUGUUCUUCAUUUUUAUUCUUGAGUAAUUUUUCCCAUAUUGAUAAAUUGUUGAAAGUGUUUCGUUUCUUAAAUCCAUGGUAGAUUAUUGUU